AUGAUAGUUAACUCUGACGAGGAAAGUGAUUCGGACGCUUAUCAAGACGUUCCUGAGCUUUCGGAUGUUCCUGAAGAUACGACCCAAGCCAGACUGCGAGGCACCCUGAAUGAGAGCGAUUCUGAUGAAGAAAGCGAUUCGAUGGGUUCUAGUGAAGAGGAUAGCGAGGCAGAGAUGGAAACAGAGAGCCCGUCGAAGGAGUUGAACCAAGAGGACGACGAAGAUGACGAAAAUGUUGGGAAGAAGGGAAGCAAUAAGAAGGGAAAAGCGGAGCAAUCGUCUCCGUUCAAUAAGGAUGACGAAGAUAUUAUCGAAGAAGGCCGCUUGUUCCUGCAGAACAUUCCCUAUUCGUGUAAAGAAGAAGAGCUCCGCGAAUUCAUCAGCCAAUACGGAGAAAUCGUGGAUGUGUUUAUUCCUCUGAACUCGAAACGAGAAAGCAAAGGAUACGCGUUCGUGACCUUUAUGUUUCCGGAGCAGGCUAUUGCUGCGAUCGAAAAACUGGACGGAAGUGUGUUUCAAGGCCGCGUUCUGCGAGUCAAUGUGGCCAACGUGAAGAAGGAAUCAUGCAUAGUUCGCCAUGCGCACACUUACAAGGGAGAGAAAUACUUGGCGCGACGGUUAGAAGAGGUGAACAACACGGCGUCCUGGAACGCUCUUUACCUGAAUAACGACACCGUCAUGAAGGUGAUUUCGGAGAAGCUCGGCGUGAAAACGAGCGAUAUCCUCGAUGUGGAGUCUGGAAACAUGGCUGUGCGAGUCGCUCUGGCGGAAACCGAAGUGUUGGAAGACACCAAAAAGUGGCUGGAAUCCCAGAAUGUUCAAAUCGAAGUACUCGAAGCUGUUGCGCGUGGAGAACCGGUUCAGCGAAGCGACAAAAUCAUUCUGGUGAAGAAUCUUCCCUAUACUGCAGAUCGAGACGAAUUGCUUUCGCUCUUCUCGCAGUACGGAGAAGUCCAGCAGCUUGUGUUGCCCGAGUCUCAUGUGAUGGCACUGGUCACGUUUUCCGUUCCCUCCGAAGCCAAGCGAGCAUUCAAUCGGCUCAGCUAUCGCAAAUACCAGCACACGCCUCUUUAUCUGGAGUAUCUCCCCAUCGCGAUUGGACAGCAGCGCCGUUCGCAAGCUGCCGCUGAUUCGAAGAAUGACAAUGCAAGCAAGUCUAUGGCGGCUCCUUCGAAGCAACCUUCCGCAGAUGAUAACAACGGCAACGAUAAAGAAGCGAACUCGGCUUCCCAGUCCUCUGCGUUCGCUUCGAACACACUCGAAUCCUCCUCCUCCUCCUCAAAUCCUUCAAAACGAGAUCAUGCAGAAGAAGCGGGAGGCGAGGACUCAUCCAACACGACGAUCUAUAUCAAGAAUCUCAACUGGAAGACGACGGAAGCGGCGGUUCGCAAGCUCUUCAAUUCGGUGCCUGGACUCAAAUCCAUCACGCUGCCCAAGAAGAAAACGCCCUCUGGAGAAUCGUUGCCGAUGGGAUUUGGCUUCGCUGUGUACGAGACUCGCGCUCAGGCUCUGCGAGCCCUCAACCAACUUAGCGGAAAGGCGUUGGACGGUCAUGUGCUGGAUUUGAGCUUCUCCGCACGCUCAGAAAUCGUCACCACGAAGAAGAGAAAGCUAACGGCACGCGCAGAGGAAGAUGGAGAGAAGAGGACGAAACUGCUCGUGCGAAAUGUGCCGUUUGAAGCGUCAAGAAGCGAGUUGAGAGAAUUGUUCGGCUCAUUCGGACAGCUCAAGUCCUUGCGACAGCCGAAGAAGUUUGACGGAACGUCACGAGGAUUUGCAUUUGUGGAAUAUGUGUCUAGUGACGAUGCCAAGACCGCUAUCAAGGCUCUGGCAAGUACGCACUUGCUGGGAAGAAAGUUGGUUGUGGAGUAUGCAAAGGAAGAGGCAAAUGUGAAUUCGCAUACAGUGUUUGACGAGUAAAAGUUCAUUUAGAAUAUUGUUUGUAUUAUUAAUAGUAAUUAGUGACACUAUUAAGGAAUGGGCGAACCAAGCGCAUUUGCGCGAUCUGAUUGGUCCAUACCGGUUCAUCCAAUAGGCAUCCCCACACCAUAAAGUUUGGAUCAUUCAGACUUUUCUAGAUUUGUUUCGGACUUAAAGGUUAAUGGCUUCAGUUAACGUGGGGUCACCUUUCCAGGUGAAAUCUCCUUUAUUGAGGUCGACAUCGCCUGCUUCACCGAGCAAGUUCCAGGUACAGUCUCCCCUGCUGAAGAAGUCCACACCGGCUUCUCCCGCGGCGUCCGCUUCGGCGGCGCCGGCAGCAGGUGGCUGUGUAAACGGAAACUGAUCUUCGUCUGCUCCGAAGGUAGAACCGUUUUCCGUGUAGCUUAUGACUAGAGACCGUCGAUCGCGAAGAGUGAGAGAAACUCUUUGAUCGUGUCUGUUCUGAGUAUGAUUAUCAGUAUUCCUGCCCUGCUUGGUGCUUGAUGUUGGCCGGCCUUGGUUGUGGUGCUGAUCGGCGGAACCGUAUCCGCCUCGGCUCGUGCAACAGGCCACUACAUUUCUUUUGGCAUGACUUUUGUGAUGAUGUUAGGAUUGAGUUGGUACAUCUACGAGCAUCGUAGAAAACAGAACAUUGCCGAUAAGUGGAAGAAGUGGGGUCCUUUCGUUUUGAUCGUGAUCGCCUCUUUGCUAGUCUGCGCCGAUCCUUUCCGCCACGUCCUGCAGGACUUGGAGUGGUGGGAGGCUCCUGGCUCUAGCGAAUACCGUCAGACUUGCCACAUUGAGAACUUCCACUGCCUGUCGCCUUUGGGCUGGUUCAUGACCAUUCUGAUGACCUACGUAGGCUUCACGAUUCUGAUCGUGGCUGCGUUGUGGAACGCGAAUAUCAUGGACAAGUGCGGAGCGAUUAAGCAGCAGUGGCGCGAGUACCGUGGCAAGAACAGCGACAACAGCAGCAAGUAGAGGGGAGGGUCUGCAUGAAUCGGGUUCGGUCGCUAGUGAGUAAGGAGGGCGCAUUGUGCAGUCAUGCCCUGCAUGGUGUGUUCUCGAGGUCCACGCUGGGGCCGAGCGUGGAUUGCGACUGUGGGAAGCGACAUGCUUGUUGACAUGAUGCGCCAGUCCGUAAACCUUAGGGGGCUGGUGUUGAACUAACGAGAUGGCGCUGAACAUGGAAGCUCUACUCACGGGGCUCAGAUCGAGCCAGGUUCAUGUGACGGUUUUAAUAAGUGCGAUUUGAUCGUCUUUU